AUGGGCGGAUCCGUUGGACUUCGCCUCGACCCGAAUAAUGAGUACUAUGCAUUAAAGGCUGACCAGUACCGCGUAAGCAAGGCUGCCCUCAAUAUGGCGAGUGCUUGCCAGGCCGUCGAGUAUGGUCCUAAAGGAUGGAAGAUAUUCUUGUUUUGUCCUGGCUUCACGGUAAGCAAUCUGGGCCCCUACAACAAGCUGGAGAACGGAGCGAAGCCGACUAGCGAGGGGGCGAGACCCAUGGUGGGUAUACUGAACGGCGAGAGGGACUCAGAGCAUGGGGGCUACUUGAAGGCGGAUGGCCAAUGGCAGUGGUAG